CCCAUCGGACCGCGGCGCGCGCUCCGCGCUGCAGAACCUUUUUAAGGGGCGGCCGGGGGAGACCGGAUGGCCUUUGCGAUCGAGAUGGCGAGCCUAAGCCCCCUGCUGUGCGUGUUGGGUUUGCUGCUGUGGGGGCUUGCAAGCCCGGGACUGUCUAGACCCUACGAUAGAGGCACCAAGAGGCCCAUCAUCGGAAUAGUAAUGCAAAACUCUACUGGAAAGCUGGCGAAGUUGGGAACAUACUACAUUGCUGCAUCCUAUGUGAAGUAUAUAGAGUCUGCAGGCGCGAGAGUCGUGCCCAUAAGGGUCGAUCUCAGUGAUGCAGAAUAUGAAGGACUUUUUAGAUCGAUUAAUGGAGUCCUGUUUCCUGGAGGAGGUGCUAACCUAACACAUUCAGGUUAUUCCCGAGUGGCCAAAAUAUUUUUCAACAAGGCUAUAGAGAGUUUUGAUAAUGGAGACUAUUUUCCUGUGUGGGGCACAUGCCUUGGGCUGGAGGAGCUUUCCAUCCUGGUUAGCGGAGAGAACUUACUAACGUGUACAAACAGUACCUCAAAGAAGUGGCCCUUGAACUUCACUUCAGCUGCAAGACACAGCAGAAUGUUCCAGAAUUUUCCUGCUGAGUUAUUGAAAUCAUUAGCAUUAGAAAAUCUGACUGCAAAUUUUCACAAAUGGAGCCUCUCUGUGAAGAACUUUACAGAAAAUGAAAAGUUAAAGAAGUUUUUUAAUGUGUUAUCCACCAAUACAGCUGAGAAUAUUGAGUUCAUUUCGUCCAUGGAAGGAUUUAAGUAUCCAGUAUAUGCUGUCCAGUGGCACCCUGAGAAAGCACCAUUUGAGUGGAAUGAGUCUCUGACUGGUAUUCCCCAUGCACCCAAUGCUGUGAAGACUUCAUUCUACUUAGCAGAAUUUUUUAUUUCUGAAGCUCGGAAAAACAAUCACCACUUUAAGAACAUAGUGGAGGAGACGGAAUCCUUGAUUUACCAGUUCUGUCCAGUUUACACUGGAAAUAUUUCUUCAUUUCAGCAAGCUUAUAUUUUUGACUGAAAGUCUUCAAUAUGGUAACAGAGCAACUUAGAGUAAUUCUCUGAUCGAAUUGCUAACUGUUCAGGGCAGUAUGAGAAAGCCACACAGAUGUCUUUCCUGUGUGUGUGGUUCUGAUUCAUGGCUUAUUACAUGGUUAUUUUUAUCAGAUUUGAUAAUCUGACAGUGAAAAAGAUUAAAAAAUCAUGGUAUUUUUCAUGAAAAUGCCUUUUUAUGUCUGAAGAUUCUAAAAUACACGUUUUUUUUUGAACAU